AUGUCCGGCAAGCCGACAGCUCUAAUUACUGGCUGCUCCGAAGGCGGAGCCGGUCACGCCCUCGCUCUGGAAUUCGCAGCUAAAGGCUACCGAGUCUUUGCGACCGCUCGAUCCACCAAAUCCCUUACAGGUCUUCAAGAAAAGGGCAUCGAGCUUCUAACGCUUGACGUGACCAAGCCGGAGAGUAUAUCUGCUCUCAAGGAUGAGAUCAUAAAGAGAACGGGAGGAAAACUGGAUAUUCUGUUCAACAAUGCUGGAAUGAUGUAUGAGGCCCCCGCCAUUGAAGCAGACAGAGAGCAAGUCCAGAACAUGUUCAACACCAAUGUCUUUGGCCUCUUCGACAUGGUCCAAGCCUUCAGUCCACUUCUCCUCGCAUCAGUCGCCGACUCGCAAACGACACCUACCAUCAUCAACACAGCGUCAGUCGUAGCGCGGGUCCCUUACUACUUCACCGCCCAGUACAACGCUACCAAAGCAGCAGUCGCUUCCUACUCCGACACUCUGCGUCUUGAACUUGCACCUCUUGGCGUCAAGGUCGUCACUCUCUACAUGGGCGUAGUAGCAACACAUCUCACAUCAUCAGACAAAAAGCUCUUCUCCCCCGACAGUAUCUUCAUCGAUGCUGAGGAAGGUCUCCGUGAGAGAUCGAGGCUCCAUCUGAAGAAUGGUACUAAGCCUGAGGAGUUCGCACGGUUGGUGGUGAAGGAUGUGGUGAAGAAUAAGACGGCUUUGAGCAAGGGGGAGUAUAUUUGGCGGGGAGCGAAUGCGUAUGUUAUUUGGCUUCUUAAUGCGAUUGGAUGGAGAAAGAUCUUUGAUGGGGUCUCGGAGGGGGGCGUUGGUCUUACGAAGGAUGUGAAGAAGGCGAUUUAUAAGAAGGGCCAGGGCAGUCUGCCAAAGUCUAGUUAG